AUGGUGGUAAAUAACAGCAUGUCUAAAACACCUUCUAACUCUUUGGAGAAACAUUUAGACUUACUGGAGAAUCCGGCACUGCAGUGUCACAGAAGAAAGCUGCGCAGAAAAGGUCGGUUCAAAGGUUCAGAUGGGAGUACAUCCUCAGAUACCACAAAUAACAGCUUUGUGCGACAGGGUUCAGCAGACUCGUAUACCAGUCGACCGUCUGACUCUGAUGUGUCUCUGGAGGAGGACAAAGAGGCACAGCGCAGAGAGGCUGAGAGACAGGCCCAGCUCCAGCUUGAAAAGGCCAAGACAAAACCAGUAGCGUUUUCUGUUCGUACAAACGUCAGCUAUAGUGCUUCGCUCGAGGAUGACGUCCCUGUUCCAGGCAUGGCUAUCUCUUUUGAAGCGAAAGAUUUUCUACAUGUAAAAGAGAAAUACAAUAAUGACUGGUGGAUCGGUCGCUUGGUGAAGGAGGGAUGUGAGAUUGGGUUCAUCCCUAGCCCUGUAAAGUUAGAAAACGCUCGUCUUCACCAGGAGCAACGAGCCAAACAAAGCAAAUUCCAUUCCAGUAGAUUAGGGGCUAACUCCUUGUCCAGUUUAGGGGACAUGGUUCCUAGCUCUCGCAAGUCUACUCCUCCCACAUCAGCCGUGGACAUAGACGCUGCAGGUUUAGAGAUUGAGGAGCCUGAUCCCCCUCCUCCUCCUCAUCAGCGUUCUCCUAAAUCCAGCCCAAACCAAGUUAUAUCCCCUUUAGCCCGGGAGAAACGAAUGCCAUUUUUUAAGAAGACCGAGCACAUCCCUCCGUAUGACGUGGUGCCUUCCAUGAGGCCUGUGGUUCUGGUGGGACCCUCACUCAAGGGCUAUGAGGUAACAGACAUGAUGCAGAAAGCAUUAUUUGACUUCCUGAAGCAUAGAUUUGAGGGGAGAAUAUCAAUCACUCGAGUGACGGCGGAUAUUUCUCUGGCCAAGCGUUCUGUCCUGAAUAACCCCAGUAAACAUGCCAUCAUUGAACGAUCUAACACACGCUCCAAUCUGGCUGAGGUACAGAGUGAGAUUGAGAGGAUCUUUGAGCUGGCACGCACAUUACAGCUGGUGGUUCUGGAUGCUGAUACGAUAAACCAUCCAUCCCAACUGGGCAAGACCUCGCUUGCACCAAUCAUCGUCUACGUUAAGAUCUCCUCACCAAAGGUGUUGCAGAGAUUAAUUAAAUCUCGAGGAAAGUCUCAGGCCAAACACCUGAAUGUGCAGAUGGUGGCAGCAGACAAACUGGCUCAAUGUCCCACAGAACUUUUUGACAUCAUUCUGGAUGAAAAUCAGUUAGAGGAUGCCUGUGAGCACUUGGCAGACUAUCUGGAGGCCUACUGGAAGUCCACUCACCCAGCUAGCUACAUUCCAGCCAAUCCUCUCCUAGACACCACUGCCGCCCAAUCAGCCAGUCCUGAACCACUAUCCAGUCUACAGUUGCAGGGCAUGGCGGAAACCCAAAAAGCCAAGAAGUCAUUAGGUGAUAGAAGGAUCUCUCAAGAAGAACAUCACCACCAUCACCAUCAUCACCAUCGCCUGCAAAAGCAGGAGAGCCUGGACCAAGCUGAGUACGACGACAUUGAGGAAGUAACGGAGGCCGCCAAGGAGCAGAGAGGUUUACGUAGUGAGCACGGAGCGCCACAUACACACCACCGCACUUUAUCCACACGGACCGAACACCACAAUCACCAUCAUUACCACCAUCACCAUCACAACCGCACAACACGCACACUUUCCAGACAAGAAACUGUAGAAAGCAGAGACUCUGCACCAUACGCAGAGCCACACAGCACUCAAACACGCACAACUCCACCCACACACCACCCAGAAAAGGAGAAAGAGGACGAGGAGCAGCCUGUUCAUCAUAACCAUCAUCAUCAUCACCACCAUCGCUCAGAAAGGGAGCAAGAGCACGAUCACGGUGAAAGGAACGGCCGACAGCGGGGUCAGCAGAAAUCACAAAGAGAACCCUAUCAUGAGAGUGAAAGGCAGCACUCUGUUGAGAGUGAGAAGAGAAGGGAAGAGACAGAGUGGGAAAACGAUCACUAUAUAGAGCAGUAAUGCACAAACACUGAUAUAAACAGAGCUGCAAGAAAAAGUUUGUGAACCCUUUAGACA